AUGGCUUACUUCCUGGUGCGCGUCAUAGUCUUCCUAUCGUUGCUGGCGGGCGGCAGCGCCGUUCGACACGGGGACGCUGCCGAGGUCAAGAACGUCCGCCACGAGGACGCUACCGAGAUCCAGGAGGACCUGACGGAUAUUCCGGAACCGAUCCUGGUGGAGGAGGACAGCGACGACGAUUCCAUUCGAUUUGACAAGAAGAUUAUCAAGCGCUGUUGGAAAAGGGUGCAAAAGGCAGGCCCGGACUUUGCCGCGUGCAUCAAGGAUGAGAAGGAAGACGAGUACACCGGUUACUACUAUGUCGUAAUCGCACACGGCCCCAUCGUAGGCUUCGACACCAGGGCGUACAUAUUCGCAAAGUACGACUUUGGAGGCCUUGCUAUCCUGAUAUGGAAGAUGUACAACGUGGGCGAAUGA